AUGUUUAGAAAAGAUUUUCCAAAUUUUAAUGNUAAAAAGAAGUUAGAAAUUUUGCAAAGUAAUUAUGGAUAAAAAUAUAAAAUAGUAUGUUAUUAACAGUAUUAUUUUUACUUCAUAUUGCAUUAUACAUUUAUACACUGUAUAAAACUACCAAUAUGAUUGAAUAAGAAUGUUAAUGUUUGAGAUUUAUUUUUGAAAUCUAUCAUUAUAAUUCACCCAUAAAUUUGAUUUGUUUUAUUUCUGUAAUUUUUUAAGAAUUUUAUUAUUUUAAAGAAAAUUUGAAGUAUGAAUAAGAAUUAUAAGAAAAUAACUCAAAAAAAAAAAUGUGUAUUUAUUAAUAUUUUAUAUAGAUAUAGUUAGUAUAAACAUUCAAAUCUCUUAGAAAUUUAAACAACAUAAUAAAUAAUCAAUAAGAAGUUUGAGUUCUCUUGUUAAUCCAAUGGAAGCAAGUUCAAAACAUUAAUAAACACCAAAUUUUAAAAGGUAAUCAAGAAAUAAAUAUUUUAGUGAAAAAACAGAUAUUAAAUUAUAAAAAAUGGGAACAAGUUAGUUUGGAGAAUCUUAAAAUAAUUUAUAAAUGAUGAAUUCAUAGGGAAAUGCAUAAAAUAGUAAAGCCUUUGUGAUUUCACUGAAAGAAUAAAUUGAUAAUAUUCAAAUCAAAAGAAAAGGAAAUAAAUCAAUUGAGGAUAGUUUUAUAAAAUAGGAAGAAUCUUAAAUACCUGAAAUAUUCUCAUAAAUUAAUAAUCCUAUGGAGUCUGGUAGUGUAAUUACAAUUAAUUGA